UUUAUUAAACUAUGGAUAAAAUUAUCCGCGAUGUACAAAUAAAUAAAAAACCUUUAAUUUCGCAAUCUUCAAAUAAUAGCAAUCAUUCAUAUUAUAAAACACAUCAACUUGUUGCAAUAAAAACAAAAAAUAAUGAGGAAACCAAUAAUAACAAUGAUAUUAUUGAUUACAAAAAUAUUUCACUUUCUAUGACAGGAGAAAUAAGUUCAGGUUUCGUACAUAGAAACAAUUUAACGAAAAAGCAAACUACUAAUGUCACUUUUGUAGAGGAUACGGAAAACGCCGAUGAUGAAGAGUUUAUCUCAAAUAUGAAAACCAUCAUUGAUAAAAAUUAUAAAAUGCAAGAUAAAGAAAAUUUUAGCAUAAGAGAUUUGCAAAGCAAAUCGUAUUUAUCAAGAAAAAAAAAGUGUGCAUUCAGCGACGAAGAUCAAAAUCUGAUGAAACGAUUUAAAAAAACUAUCGACGAAAGGAAAGCUUCGUGUACAGAAGCUUCACAAAAGUUACAGCAGCCUGAGCACGCUGUUAUUUCCGUUAGCAAUCACAAUUGCUUAACAACUUACACUACUCCACAAAUUAUCCCAUUUAUGAAAUAUAAUGACAGCGAUAUGAGUUCCAGGAGCAAUUCGAAUGAACUGAUUUUCGAUCUAGCUUCAAAAAUCCAAAAUAAUGAUGGGUUGAUGGGAGAAAUAUCAGGGAAUGUGAAAACUAUUACCGAAAUAGAAAUUGAGCAGCGAGUUUACAACGAAAUGCUGUACUUUACACCUCCCCAAAAAGACAACUUCGAGUGUUACAGUUGAGAAAAACUUGGAGUAAUCAAAAGCGCAAUGAGUGAAUUUAAAUUACAUCAUUUAAUAGUGCAGUUGAUUGAA